CUCGAAGCACAGUGCCAAUCCUACUGUUGUGCUCAUCAACAGCAUAAAUUAAAUCCAAAUCCCCCCUCCUCUUCUCACUCACUCCCUCUCUCUCUCUCUCUAUUUUGCUCAGCUGAGAAGAGGAAGAAAGAGAAAAGAGGGAAGUGAGAGAGAGAGAGAGAGAAAGAGCGAGCUCAGAGUAGAAUAUAACCAAACCCUUCUUCUACCCGUCCCCAAAAGAGAAGAGAGGAAGGGACUCCAAGAAGCACUCGCCCUCUCUCCAGAUGAGGGCACCUCUCCUCCUCCGUUGAUGGCCGCCGCAGCGUCGCCGUCCGCGCCUGGGGUGGCCGCCCCCGAGCCGCUGCCACUGGAGGUGCCCCCCUGGCUCAGGUCGCUGCCGCAGGCUCCGGAGUUCCGCCCCACGCCGCAGGAGUUCCAGGACCCCAUCGCCUACAUCCUCAAGAUCGAGAAGGAAGCCGCCGCCUUCGGCAUCUGCAAGAUCGUGCCCCCCCUCCCCCCCGCUCCCAAGAAGACCGCCGUCACCAACCUCAACCGCUCCUUCGCCGCCCGUGAGCUCGGCCAGCGGCCCCCGGCCUUCGCCACUCGCCAGCAGCAGAUCGGCUUCUGCCCUCGCCGCCCCCGCCCCGUCCAGAAGUCCGUAUGGCAGAGCGGCGAGCACUACACCCUCGCGCAGUUCGAGGCCAAGGCCCGCCAAUUCGAGCGCUCCCACCUCCGCCAUGCCGCAGCAGGCGGCAGCGCUCGCAAGGCCGCCGCCUCAGCUGCUCUCUCCCCUAUUGAAAUCGAGACCCUCUUCUGGCGGGCUUCUGCCGACAAGCCCUUCUCGGUCGAGUACGCCAACGACAUGCCCGGUUCGGGUUUUGCUCCGCUCCCCAGCGACGGCCGGCACUGCUGGCGUGACAAGGCGCCGGCUAAUGUCGGGGAAUCGGCGUGGAACAUGCGGGGUGUGUCCCGGGCUAAGGGCUCCCUGCUCCAGUUCAUGAAGGAGGAAAUCCCAGGAGUGACGUCGCCCAUGGUGUAUGUAGCGAUGCUGUUUAGCUGGUUUGCAUGGCAUGUUGAAGACCACGAGCUGCACAGCUUGAAUUACCUGCAUAUGGGCGCUGGGAAGACGUGGUAUGGAGUACCGAGGGAUGGCAGACUUGCCUUCGAGGAGGUGGUCCGCAUACAAGGCUAUGGUGGUGAGGUAAACCCUCUCGGUAAGUCCGGUUGCCUUAACUUGUUCAUUGGUUCUGGUUUUUAAUUAGUUCAGUUUCUU